AUGGGAGUUGAGAAGUUCUUCAGCUUCGUGCCUUCAGGCAAGGAGUACACGGAUGGGAAGUACAACAUAGGAGAUGACAUUCCCAACACCAUCCUCGAGUACCUUCAUUGGUCUGGCAAAUUCCGUCCCGAGGCAUUAACGCUAGUGCCGCACGCAAACGUGCAGUAUUUGAUAUAUGCGCCGCCGGCGACCUCGUUCUAUUUUGGGCAGUUUGCAAUGAUGCAUGCAUGCUGGUAUGAACAGCGGUACGCAUAUGACUUCAUUCUAGAUGCAGACACAGACGAAUAUGUGUGGCUCAAUUCCACGCUGGCAAAUCAGCCACAGCCGCUGCAUGUACUGCUGGAAUCAGUUCCCGCCAAUGCAGCAACGGUGACUCUGCGGCGGUACACUUUCCCGCCGCAGUGUCAGCCGGGGGGAAACAUCAAUGAGUCACCAUCAGUCACGCGGGCAGUCGUGCGAACGGCACACCCGGAUUUUCAGCCCAAGAUGAUCCUGCGUCCAAAGGGGUUACUAGUGGCGACUAACCACAUCCCCGUGGAUGUGAGGGAGGGAAUGGAUUGGAGUUAUAAUCCGGGGGAGCGGGUUUACAUAAAGCACAUACGGCCCAAGGGGAGGCAUAUUUACGGGCUGGGCGACGGCUGUGGGGAUUUAGUCAGAGAUGGGACAGAGCUCGCUCCUUGGAAGGAAGAGCUUGUGUACAAGCUCCUGCUGGUGAAGAAGGCAUCGGGCAAGACCUUCACUCAGAUCGCCAAGGAAGUCGGUCUCACCAACCUCUACACAGCCCAGCUCUUCCACAACCAGACGGAGUUGAAGCCGGACACGGCACCAGCCCUGCAAUCUGCUGUCCCCGGCCUCACGGAUGAGCUCAUCGAGGAGAUGAAAGUGUCGCCCCUGCGCCAGUUCGACCCCACCAUCAUCCAGGACCCCACAGUCUACCGCCUGUAUGAGGCAAUCAUGCUGUACGGCGAGUCCAUCAAGGCAAUCGCAAAUGAGGAGUUUGGCGACGGCAUAAUGAGCGCCAUUGACAUGUUUGCCUCGGCUGAUGACAUUGUGGGGGCAUUUGGCGAGAGGCGCAUGGUCAUCACCCUCAAUGGGAAGUUUUUGCCCCACGUGGAGCAGAAGACUGCCAACAACACAGCACUGCCGCCUAAAGCAAAGUGA